AUGAUCUUAAAAUAUAACACAAUUCUUUUUUGGAAUAUUGCAGUGCUAAUGUUUAGCUCAAUAUUGAUAGUCUCAUUAAUACCAUUAACACCAAUAUUGCUAGACACUGUGAUGCCUCUUAACGAAUCACGUCCGCGAUUCUUUGCGAUUGAAGUUGAGUUCAGAGUGAAUAAAGAUGAUUACUUUUUACCAAUUUUAUGUUAUACAACUGUAAUAAUUCUGGUAGGUGCAAACGUUGUGAUGAGUGUUGAUGCAAUGCAUAUCGCGUGCACCGCUCAUGCGUGUAGUUUAUUUGCCGCUGUCAGCAAACGAAUCGAGAAUCUAAUUUCGAAAGCAAAUCACAAUAAAGAAAGCAACAAAUGUAGAUAUUGUAUGAAUAUGGAACUUGAUCCAUUAAAUGAAAAAUUAAUGUACAGAGAAUAUAUAAUAUGUUUAAAGAAACAUCAACUUGCUAUAGAGUUUGUUAAUACAUUGAAUUCAUCAUAUCAGGGAAUUUCAUUACUUCUAUUAAUCUUGCUUAUUGGAACUAUAAGUUUGAUUGCAACCCGAACUCCGAUAACUUUGACCUUGACAUAUGACCUUGUCAAGGUCAUGACUCUGAUUAAGGAAACAAUAACAUAUGUAGAGAGGGAGAGAGCGCGUGUCAUUCUGUUGUCUUUCAAUGAGAAACUAAGACGAAUAAUCAUGUUAGAAAAUUUUCUGCGAGAGUAUAACGUUAACCGGAUAUUUCUGUUGAGCAUGGGCCUUUGGCCAUUUCAAAAUAAGUCCAUCAGAAAUUUCUUACGAACUUUCUUCUUUCUGAUCGAAAUAAGUUAUUGCCCCUUCGAGAUGUUAUUAUUGCAUGAUCAUUUGGACAAUCCACAAAUGAUUUUUGAUGCUAGUUAUCAAUUUAUGAUGUCAAUGUCUUUCAUUGGAAGGCAAAUAAAUGAGUUCUGGAACCAUGACAAGUUGCGACGGUUGUACAAAGCAAUUGAUCAGCAUUGGGAUAUAUUUACGAAUGAUAUGGAAGUUCAAGUUAUGAAAAAUUAUUCUAUGCUAUCACGAAAAUUUACAAAAUAUUACUCGAUGCUAAUGUUUAGCUCAAUGUUGAUACUCUCAUUAAUACCAUUAACACCAAUAUUGCUAGACACUGUGAUGCCUCUUAACGAAUCACGUCCGCGAUUCUUUGCGAUUGAAGUUGAGUUCAGAGUGAAUAAAGAUGAUUACUUUUUACCAAUUUUAUGUUAUACAACUGUAAUAAUUCUGGUAGGUGCAAACGUCGUGAUGAGCGUUGAUGCAAUGCAUAUCGUAUGCACCGCUCAUGCGUGUAGUUUAUUUGCCGCUGUCAGCAAACGAAUCGGGAAUCUAAUUUCGACAGCAAAUAACAAUAAAGAAAGCAGUAAAUGUAGAUAUUGUAUGAAUAUGGAACUUGAUCCAUUAAAUGAAAAAUUAAUGUACAGAGAAUAUAUAAUAUGUUUAAAGAAACAUCAACUUGCUAUAGAAUUUGUUAAUAUAUUGGAAUCAUCAUAUCAGGGAAUUUCAUUACUUGCAUUAAUUUUGCUUGUUGGAACUAUAAGUUUGAUUGCAACUCGAGUAAGCGUCAGAAACUAUUCAUAUAAAAUGUCAUACAUAAAUAUAAAUAUAUAUGCUGCAGAAUGGUACAAGUUCUCGCCUAGACUAAAAUCUUUAUUAAUAAUAACUCUUUACAGAAGUAAUGUACCAUGUGGAUUGAAAGCAGGUAAUAUGAUUCCAUUAUCCAUUGCGACUUUCGCAGCGGUAAGUAAAAUGCUACAUCGUAGUGCAAGUAUUAGUCAUGCUAGCAAAUUUUCUACGAGAGUACAACGUAAACCGAAUAUUUUUAUCGAUCUCAGGUCUCUGGCUGUUUCAAAAUAA